AUGGUGACAGUACAUUAUUUUAAAUCGAGACACGUAAAAUUGGCUUUGAAACUAGGGAAUGGAUUAGAUAAUGCAGAGAUCAAACAAAUCGGAAAAAAGUGUCGUGGUUGGGUUGCAAAUUGUCGACCGCUAUGCGUUGAUUAUGAACAUAGUGUGCACG